AUGCGUGUUACCUCUUCCAGCAACAAAAAUCGACAACCUCCUCCUUCUCUUAUAGUCGAUCGAACGCGCUCCACCCCUACUGUGGAUCGAUUAACAGGUGUGCUUGUAGUGGUAGCGAAUCAGUGUUUUAGUGAGUUAUAUGGCUGGAAAGAGGUGGGAGAUAAGGGUGGAGAAUGGUGGAAUUGGGUGAUUGUUUUUGCAGUCAAGAUCAUGGGUCAAAGAGGUCCGGGGAAGGAGACUGGUGGUGUACGGUUGUGGCUAGAAUGAAAGAAGGAUUGCUGAUGUCAGCAGUGGUGGUGUGUGGAUGUUAAUGGAGUUUAUGGAUGGUGAUCGAUGGCUGAUUUUGGGAGGUUGAUGGUGAGGAUAAAAAGGAAAAAUAAAGAUGGGUUGUGGUGUGAAGGGUGAUCGAUGAUGACUGUUUAUGUGGGUGAUUCGACGGAUAAGGGAGGCUGUAAUGGGGUGAAGUGGGGUUUAUGCGGGGGUCACGGUGGUAGAACGGUGAAGGAUGGUGGAAUAAGGUGGGCAUGAUUGGAGUUGGAGAAGCGUCGGCUUCUCUCUUAAAUCGAUAGAUGAAGAUUCUUAUGCAGCCAAAAGAAAAUCAAGAUCUCCUCAACCCUCAUUGUCAUUUGCAAACUAUUGUUUUCUUUUCCAAAAAAAUAUAUUUUCAAGUAUAUGCUUGGGUAGCAACAAAAAAUCAUAAG